ACAAGUCAGAAAGAGCUAAAACCCUGCUUCGCUGCUUCUAAACCCUCCCAUCCAAAUUCGUGGUUUGAGAUAUUAUCACUUGGCUUUCUUCCGUCCUUUUUAAUAGUUCAUUAUCUCCUGCUUGUUAAUUAAUAUUCAUGGCUGAUGCGGAACUGGAAGUCAAAAUGAAAGCCCGAAAUAAAACAAAGAAGCGAAAGCAAAGAAGCCACGGGGAAACCGAACGGCUUUCCAAAGCGCAGAGAAUCGAAUUGAGAACAGCGGAACAUGACACAAAAUCAGAGAAGAGAGACUCCCUGUCCGACGAGUUUGAAUUCUUCCCUCCAUGGAAGAACCUUCAGUUGAUUUUAUGCAUCCAAAACAAGCAACUUGAUCUCCAGAGGAAGAUCGAAUUAGCUUUCAGUUUUGUGCAAUCAAGAAUCGACGAGAGUGAUCCCGCUGAUCAGGAUUGUGAAACAAUAAAACUGCCCAGACUGUUAUAUCUCCUUAAUGAUUGGAUCCAGUCGCUGUUGAUUUCUUUACUUACAAAAAAUCCGAGUGAUGGAAAAAGAUCCCAGGUUGGGGGAGCUGAGGCAUAUAUGGAUCUUCGUUGCUGGGAGAUAUUCAAGUUCUGCUUGCAGGAGUCUUUGAAGUUUGACGUUUCUCUGAAUAUGUCUCAAAAUCUCCUACGGCCCGUUCAUUUUAUUGCCAAAAAUGCUCUAUCACUGCUGGAGGAAUCCUCCAUCUGUUCAGGAGAAUCUUUUAUACCUGGUGAAAGGUACAGAUUGUAUGGUGCUGUCCUUGAUUGUGUUUCAUUGGUAUUCUCCUCCCAUGGUGGGUUGUCAAAUGAAAAUUUGGAGUUGUGGGUUACGACAGCUUGUGUGCUUCUUGAGCUUGUCCAAAAAAUGUAUACUAAGCAUCUUGAUAGGACCAAUAUGGGUGAAUUUUCUCUACACUUUCUGUGUUUGGUGCUUCAGCCAUUCUCCAAGUUUUUGAGGGUUCAUCCAGCUAGGAAAAAUGGAUUUCAUACUUUUGUGGAUAAACUUCUUGAGCCACUGUUGCAAUUGUUAGGUAAGUUGAACCUUCAGGUAAAUGAAAGCAAUAUCCCUUGGACAGAGAGGUUGUUGAAGGUGGUCGAAGAAGUUCUUUCGUAUGGGCUGUUUCAUCCAGUACAUAUUGAUGGAUUCUUUAGCUUGCAUGGUUUAGAGAUGAAUGUUGCUUCAUGUGAUGAUAAAUCAGAAGAUUCAAAAGCAGUUAUUAGGAGUUAUCAUAGACAUUUAUUUGAUGUAUUGAACAAAGUUAUAGCAAGAAAAAAUGCAAUGGCAAUGGGUAGCAUAGGUUUUUUAUUUCAUUUGUAUGUCAAUGCUGCCAGAAAGUUCAAGGGAACCUCAGUGCUGCAUGAAGCAACAAAGAGAAUGGAGAGUACAAGAGAUACAAGACAACUAGAAUCAGGGGAGAAUAGCUCAAAUAACGUGUCUCCUGACACUCAAAAAUCACUUCUUAAUUUUUUGUUUCACAUUAUGGAGCCUCUGUUACUUGAGGUUGAUAAAUAUAGUCAAGCUAAAAUUGACACCAAACUUAUGUUGUCAGUGCUUCAUGGUAUACUAAAAUCUAUUAGUAACUUGCUUGCUAGUCUUAUGCAAGAGAAGGUGUAUGUGAGGACAGAGGACAUGACUGGAGGAGCUUGUCUUAAUUUUUUGAAGAAAAUAUAUAAUGUACUAAUGUCAUGUUCUACCACUUUGCUAUGCUUUCCCAAUUAUGAUGUAAGUAACAUGAUAGAAAUGGAAACACUUACUUUAUCAGUUAAUGAGAUGCUAGUUGCUAUAGGGUAUCUUUUGGAAAUUGAAUAUGAGGUUAUUGGAGAAGAUCUGGUGAACUUAUGGUUUACAGUGUUAGCAUGCUUAGGAAUCAGUGGGACUUUUACAGAUGCCCUUGAUCAAUGUUCAUUAUCUUCCAGCAUAUCAGGCUUGGGGAGUCAAAUAAUCAAUAUCUACAGUCAACUUCGCCGGGUGGACUUUGCUAUUUUAGCAUUGUGCAAAGCUAUUAGACUGACCAUACGUCAUGGGGAUGAUACUGAAGAAACUUCAAGGUUUUUGACUCCUGUGUCUAAUGAAGUUCAUUCACAAUCAGUGGAUAGGCUACUAUCUUCACAGGACUUAAUCAAUGCCAUUCAUAAAGCUGUUCAAUCCAUUCCAGAAGGUCAUGUGAGCAGUUGUAUCCGACAUUUAACAGAUGAUAUAUCUCAAUCGCUCAUGUGGUUGAAAGAUUGUUCUUCAUUUGUCAUUGGCAAAAAAUUUAAUAAUCGAAGUGUAAAACAUGCAAGGCAAGUUUUUAACCUGCGAGCGGUGCUUUUUGGUAGGGGUUUGUCUAGGCUGUAUUCGUUAGUGCUAGAAUCACUCACUGUCACUGAAGGAAACAGUAAUCUGAUUGGAGGUUCUAUAAAAGAACUAAUAGAACUAAUGCGUCCUUACUUGAGUACUCUAGUAGGACAGCAACCAAAUAUCUGCAACUUCCUUUCAAAUGUCAUGGGAAACACUGUUGAUCAGGUGGCUGGAAAGAGAAAAUUUCUGAAGAACUUUUCUAGGUCCAGUAAAUGGGUCAUUCUGUUCUUUUUUCAGUUGCUUGUAUCCUGCCGAAGCUUACAUAGGCAAGCAAUCAGCCUUAUGCCUCCUGUUUUAUCUAACAAGAUGUCUGCUGAAUUGGGGGACUUCAUAGCAUACACUGCACAAGAGUUGACGGAGAGGAUUGAUGGGAGAGACAUGGAAUAUUUUUCUUGGAUUGUUCAACCUUGUGCUUCACUUCUUGCUGUUAUACAAUUUAUCUCUGCUAUCUAUCUCAAGGAUUGCUUAACUGACAGUUAUCCUUUGGUGUAUACAUUGCACUCUAUGACUCUUCAGAGGCUUGUUGACUUGAACAGGCAGAUUGUUUUGUUCAAGUAUUUGCAAAAUAUUCAUUAUAAUUCACGAAUCAAGUCAAUAGAAGAAGAGGCAGCUGGACUUACCAAUUUUAUGAUGGAGAACUUAUCAUGUGUGUAUCAAUCACCAUUCUUCCGUACUGAUGAAGUAAAUUGUGAACAUAUAACUGCUCAAGAUCCUCAUGAAAACAAUGGAUGGAAUCUAGGAACUUGUGUUGCAUAUGAUAAGUUAUUGCCAAUAGCCAUUUGGUCAAAUCUAUGCAAAAAUAUUGAUAUUUGGGGCAAUCAUGCUUCCAAGAAGCAGUUAAAGAAGUUCUUCACACAUCUGCUCUGUGCUUCCCUUCACUGUGUUUCAAGCAGUUUCCAGGAGCUUGGUAUGCCCGAGAUUGAAAAGUAUAAAAGGGUCAGAGGAGUUGCUUUACCACAGAUAUCGUCAGAACUUUUAAGCAGUUCAAUUUUGUAUGAACAAAAGUUUACCUGCAGGAAUCUGGCAAAAAGGAUUUGCUGUGCUUUAGAGAAAUCUGUGAUACCACUGUUUAGUAAUAUUGCAUAUUCAGAUGUCAGUCUUCAGAGGUCACCUGACUGGCGCAAGUUUAUAAAAGAUCUUGACAACUUAGUAAUUGUUGUUGAUGGAAAAGAGGACUCUCCAGUUAAUUGUUCUCCAGUUGAUAUGUCAAUAGCUCAAUCAUGUGACAAGCUGCCUGCAGAUUUUGGCAGAGAAGAAGAGGCCUCUCCUCUCACCAGCAAAAGUUUUGCUAUUUGCCACUGCUUACUGAGCUUUCUAUGUCGUAUUCCAGAUAUAAAUGAAAGAUCAUUUUCACUUUAUGUUAACUGCAUAUUCAACCUUGAAAGGCUUCUUGUCAUUUCGUUGUUACACUUUCAGGAUACAGUGAACCAGGAUCAUUAUUAUGAGUUAUUGAGAUUAUUUGUCUCCUGCCGAAAGGCAUUAAGGUAUAUAAUAAUGGGAUUUUGCAAGAAGGCGGAAGUUGAUCAAUCCUUACCAAAUUUGAUCAUCUCUGGAAGUACAUAUCCUGUUUUAUGGCUUUUCAAGUCAGUUUCUGUGAUUCUGGGGCAUAUAGAGAAAUUCUCUGCUAAAAAUACUACUCUUCUUAAAUUCAUGGUUUUCUCUUUAAUGGAUCAUACAUCAUAUGUCUUGUUGGGGAUAGUGAAAUAUCAAAUUAUUCAUGCACUUCCUAUUGAUAAAGAAGCUGAGAAGCCUAGUGAAGAGAUGUCAAGUUACAGAAUUGUUCAUGAAAAAGAUCAUUUACCCCAAUCCUCCCAGCCUGUUGCUUGCAAUGGCUUUGACAUGUUAGCACCCCCAUCCUCAUCGGCCGCUGCCUGUGUUGAUUUCCUCAAGUUUAAUGCUUUGAAAAGUUUAACUUUCAUGACUGACAAUUUGAAGGAGCAGAUGCAGAGCAUACUUGUUUCUCUAAAAGAUGCCCAUGAGGCUGGCAGUGUGGGAUUUGGUAUUUCUUAUGAAAAUAUGAAUAAAUUGUCUUUUACAGUCUCUUGCUUAAGUGGAAUUUUAUGGAGCUUUGCUUCUGUGAUGGACCAUACAUAUGUGAAAGGAAGUCAUCAUAAAGAAGUGUGGACAUGUAACAAUGAACAUACUUCUAUUGUAAAUUCUUGUAUAUAUGCUCUUGUGGAAGUAGUUGAUUUUUUUGUCCAUAAAUUACUUGCUGAUAAGAAUCACCCCUCUGAAAGCUUGUGUUCAUUGAGUGCAAAAUGUUUUACCCUUGAGUGCUCGUGUACUAAGGCUGGUGCCUCAAGCGGUAUUCAACAGGAAUAUAAAGAUACAAUUACUUCCUCAGGUUCAUCAGCCAUUGAUAAUGACUCUAAAGGUGCCAGUAGUCCAGAUAUAUUGUUGGAACCAGGAUGUGAAAACUCUGUUGCAAGUAUUUUGGUUAGGGCUGAUUCCUUGAAGCCUGAGUGUCUGAAUAAGCCUUUGUUGCAAAGCUUGCUAAAAGAUGAUCACCCUGAAGUAGCUUUCUUACUGAGGCAACUUUUAAUUUCUUCCGCAGUUCCUUUGAAGCUUGUUUUGCAGAAAGAUAGCCCUUCCUUGCUGUCAAGUGUUGUGCCUACUUUUAUUGAAAUUUCACGAGUCUUGUUAUUAGAAUUUGUAGAGAUGACUGAAGUCCCUCAACAACCUGCUUUUCUUUUGUUAGAUGGUGUUCUAAGUUAUCUGAGAGAAUUAUCAAGUUAUUUUCCGUUCUCUGAUCCUACCUCAUCCAGGAAAUUAUAUACUAACUUGAUAGAGUUAUACUUGAGGGCAAUAGGCAAGACUAUAUCUUUGCAAGGAAAACGAGCUACUCUAACCUCCCAUGGGAGACAGUCAAGUGCAAAGAAACUUCAUGAAAGGUCCUUUGAGGCAAGUUCUUCAAGUGAAUUGUACUGCCUUUGCUUGGAUGAAUUCAAAGCUAGGUUGCGGAUGUCAUUUAAAGCCUAUAUAGAGAAGCCAUCAGAGUUGCAUCUUCUAUCUGCUGUUCAGGCCGUUGAAAGAGCUCUAGUUGGAGUGAGAGAAGGAUACACUAUGAACUAUGACAUAAAGACUAGCACAGAUGGGGGCAAAAUUUCCCCAGUUGUUGCAGCUGGCAUUGAUGGCUUUGACAUGAUUCUUGAAUUUGUCUCAGGUCGUAAAGGCUUGAAGUUGGUUAAAAGACACUUUCAGUGCCUGGCAGCUGCUGUUUUCAACAUUAUUCUGCAUUUACAGAGUCCACUAAUUUUUUAUGGGGAUUCAACGUCAAAAGUUGUCAAUAGUCCAGAUCCAGGAUCAGCAAUUCUUAUGUGUGUUGAAGUACUAAUUACAAUUUCAAGGAAACAUGCUCUAUUCCGUAUGGAUUCAUGGCAUAUAGGCCAUUUGUUACGAAUCCCUGCGGCACUCUUUCAGAAUUUUCAUCAGCUUAGAGUUUCUAAGGAUUAUGGCUCAUCUGAUCCUUUGAUGAUUUCAGAAGAGCAAAUCUCUCAUCAAGUAGAAGCAGUGAAUUUACGUUACGUAGAUAGCCAGUUCUCAUUAAACCUAUUUGUUGCAUGUUGUCAACUGUUGUGCACCACUAUUAAGCAUCACCAAAGUGAGUGCAAGCAUUGCGUUGCCCAUCUCGAAGCUUCUGUUGCUGUUCUUCUUUAUUGUCUUGAAUUGGUACAUGAUAAAGAUCUUUUUUCAUGGGAAGUAGAAGAGGGAGUAAAAUGUGCUUGUUUUCUUCGAAGAGUUUAUGAGGAGGUAAAACAGCAGAAAGACAUAUUUAACCGGCAAUGCUCUCUGUUUCUGUCAAACUACAUCUGGGUUUAUUCUGGAUACGGUCCCAAAAGGAGUGGCAUCAGAAGAGAAAUAGAUGAAACUCUAAGACCCGGUGUCUAUGCUUUAAUAGACGCUUGCUCACUUGAUGAUCUUCAGUAUCUUCAUACUGUUUUUGGAGAGGGACCUUGCAGAAACACUUUAGCAGAUCUGCAGCGUGAUUAUAAAUUGAAUUACAAAUACGAAGGAAAAGUGUGACUUGCUAAUUUCCUGAUCCUGUUAAAUUUUGGUUCUAAUCUUGAUUAAUUCUCCUUCUCGCAUUGAUGUAUUUCCACCUGUAAGAUGGCAACAUACGGUGUACUUGCCAUGUUUACUCUGAUAGAUCUAUGAGUAACUUGAUUUAUUCCAGCUUUACAGUUAAAAUCCAGAUAUCCUAAACCAAGCCCCGUCAUGUGAGGUGGACAGUUUUGUUUAGAUCGUCAUAUUGAUUGAUAGAGGAUGCGUAUGAAAUAUUAAGAGACUUGCAACGGAAUUGUACAAAAAACAUGGAGUUUCAAAUUUCAACGUAUUCUAGUGUAUUGAUUUGUACACACAUUGUUUUUGUUAAA